AUGGAUGAUUCAGACUCCAAGUUGGAAUCCACCAACAGGCUUCUCUCCGACCUCGAGCGCAAGCUCUCAUUCAUCUCCACCACGUCGUCGGCCCAAACCCAGCAGUCGGCUGGGUCGUCAGUGAUCAUCAACAAGGCCAUGAACGGCAUAGCAAAACAGAACAUCCAGUCGAGCGUGCUCGACUACAUCAAGAACGACGACGACUCGAUGUUCAGCCCUAACGAGCUCUUCCAGGACCGUCAGGCCAAGUUCAUGACCACGUUUGGCAAGCACUACAACGACGACGUCUCGCGCCAGUACCUCAAGGGCAGCGUUUCGCCCAACCUCAACCCCAACCGCUCAAUCCACAUCCACGAGAGCGACGACAUCGACGAUGGCGAGCUCGCCAUCGAGUCCUCCACCCCCAACCCCCACAGCAUCCAUGUUCCCAUCGACACCAUCGAUGUGGACGACCCCGAGGGUCUCGAUUCGGACGACCCCAGUAAUGACUAUGACGAGACUGUAAACGACUACGAACAAUACCAACACGACGAAGACGACGACGACGACGAAAACGACAUUGGCGACACCGAUGAACUACUCGUUCCUCCGUCGCCUCCACGAUCGCCGCCUCGCGAGUUGGAUCCCGACAAGUUGUAUGGACUAUACGAUUUCUCGGGCCCCGAUCCCUCGCAUUGUGCAUUGUCGAGAGACGAACCCGUGUUUCUAAUCAACGACGAGGAUAACUACUGGUGGUUGAUACGAAAAAUGACCAAGGACGAAAGGAUAGACCACAAGAAGAACACCAUGAAGGUUAUACCUGACAAAGACGAAGACGAACUGGACGACGAGAACUACAGUGACGAGGAUGAUGGCAAGAUCGGAUUUGUACCUGCCGAGUGUCUUGAAACGUACGGCGAGAGACUUGCCAGACUCAACUGCUUCAAGAACGAGGAAUUGGAAAGGACUUCCAAGGACACUUUCGAGGUGUACGGGGAAAGUGAAAAUUUUGCCAUCGAUCUCACGAGUCCUAUUCACUAUCAAAAUGACUCAGAAGAUUCCAUAGUAUCAAAAGGUGAGAAACCAGAUAGCUCAACUGAAAUUGUUCAUUCGAUAAGCUUGUCGAAAAGCAACAGUUUAUUGAAGCAUAGUGCAUUAUCAAAGAGCAGUAGUUUACUUCGCCGAAAUGGGCUCAAGAAAGACAACACGAAAUCAGUCACCUUUGAGGAUUUGGGGCAGUUGGAAUUGGAAGAAGAGGAAGAAGAACAAUCCCCUGACGAUGUGGAAAUAAUACGAGAACAGCAGAAGAGAGAUUUUGAUAAUGGAACCUUCGAUAUUCCACACGAUGAAAUCAAGAAAUCCAAUAAUUUGGCACCUCCAGUCGAAGAGGAAAAGAUUUCGGAGGUGCUAAGUGAUAUUUAUCCCGAAGCACCAUUAAUAAUCAACAAGAACAACAAGAAAAAGAAAGCACUUCUACCAUCAAAGCUUACCAAUAUAGAGUCAACUGGGCAGGGACCUCAAGAUUCAUCACCAUUUACUGAUUUUGUCAAGCCUACAUCGUAUAUUAAUAGAGAUGAUGUAUCCAUUGGUUCAUUUUCACCAGAUACACCCCCAUCCAGACUGUCGAAAUCUAAGAGACAACAGUACCACACACCAGAAGGUGCAGAAGAGGAUGAAGAGGAUGACGAAUUUAAAGAAAUCACAAACAACCUUACCCACUUAAGAAGAUCCGUGAUCUUAGACAGAUUAACUAAGGUCACUUCCGAUAUCGAACAACAAUUGCAAUUAGAUCAUUAUGGUUCAUCCUCAAACGAGCUAGAUGAGGUAGAAGAAGUGGAUGAACUGGAUGACGACCAUAUUAGUUCUCGAAACAACGAAACAAUUACUGUCCUCGACUCUACUGAAGUGGAUCCGUUGGAAACUCCUAAGAUUGCUCAGUAUGAGACUCCAAGAUUGGAGCAGUUUGAAACGCCAAAGUUGGAACAGUACGAAACUCCCAAAUUUGACCAAUUCGAGACCCCAAAAGAACACCUUCAAACUCCCAAGACAGAGAUUUCUCAUGCAAUUUACAACGAAAACAAUCAAAAUAUACCGGAAUCGCCUUUGAAUCAACUACAGACAGAAAUGGUGCUCGUUCCGGAUGCAUCAGAAGUCAUCAACAUUGACGACGACUACGAGUACGAGUACGACUUUGAUGACGAGGAAGACGAGGAUGAAGAUGAAGAAGACGGAGUGGAGGAAGUUAAUCACAGUGGCGAAUUCACUCCGUUGACCAGCAUGAAUUCAUUGAGCAACGGUGUCAGUGCGAGUAUUCCAAAGAGCACUCCAUACGACGAGAAACGCAAAUCCAAACCAGUGCACGAAAUGUUCAUGCCUAUUCUUGGAAAGUUCGACAAGUUGGCCGAGAAGUUGGCCGAGUUGGACAGUAUGUUCGCCGAAAACAAGCGGACUAAUCAGUAA